AGAGAGAGAGAGAGAGAGGGAGGAUUGGAGGAAGGAGGGAAAGAGGGAGUGAGGCUGAGAGACCCAGAGGUGCUGAAGACAGAACUGGCAGCAGAGGGGCUGCGAACAGGACCUGAGCGCUGGGAGGGCCACUCAAGAUCUUUUAGGGGAGCCCGAUCCAUGCGAACAUGGGGUCAGUCACCGGAGCUGUCCUCACGGUGCUACUUCUGUCAUCCACUCAGAACUGGAACAGGGUCAGAGCUGGGAAUUCCUAUGACUGUGAUGAGCCUCUGGUGCCCGCGCUGUCUCAGGCCUCGUUCAGCAGUUCAUCUGAGCUCUCCAGCAGCCACGGUCCUGGAUUUGCAAGGCUAAACCGAAGAGAUGGAGCUGGUGGCUGGUCUCCACUUGUGUCAAACAAAUACCAGUGGCUACAGAUUGACCUCGGAGAGAGGAUGGAGAUCACUGCCGUGGCCACUCAAGGCGGAUAUGGGAGCUCCAACUGGGUGACCAGCUACCUCCUGAUGUUCAGCGACAGCGGCAGGAACUGGAAGCAGUACCGACAGGAGGACAGCAUCUGGGGAUUUUCAGGAAACGCAAAUGCAGACAGCGUCGUGUACUAUAGACUCCAGCCUUCGAUCAAGGCCAGGUUUUUGCGCUUCCUCCCUUUGGAGUGGAACCCCAAGGGCAGGAUUGGGAUGCGGAUCGAGGUGUUCGGAUGUGCAUACAGAUCAGAGGUGGUUGAUCUGGAUGGAAGCAAUCCUCUCCUCUACAGAUUUGAUCAAAAGUCCCCGAGCCCCAUAAAGGAGAUUAUUUCUUUGAAAUUUAAAACCAUGCAGAGUGAUGGGAUUCUACUCCACAGGGAAGGGCAAAAUGGAGAUCACAUCACACUGGAACUGAGAAGAGGAAAACUCUUUUUACUCAUGGAUUCAGCUGACACUAGACUGCCCUCUCCUCACCCCCCGAUCAACCUCACCCUGGGCAGCCUGCUGGACGAUCAGCACUGGCACACGGUGCUCAUCCAGCGUGCCGGCAAGCUGGUCAACUUCACCGUGGACGAGCACCGGCACCGCUUCCACGCCCAGGGGGAGUUCAGCUACCUGGACCUGGAUCCUGAGAUCAGCUUUGGAGGGAUUCUAGCACCUGGAAAAUCAGUGUCAUUCUCCCAGAAAAACUUCCACGGGUGUUUAGAAAAUCUCUAUUAUAAUGGAGUAGACAUCAUUGAUUUGGCCAAGCGACAAAAGCCACAGAUCAUCGCGAUGGGAAACAUGUCUUUUUCUUGCUCACAACCCCAGUCUGUGCCUGUGACUUUUCUCAGCCCCAGGAGUUACUUAGCGCUGCCAGGCUUUCCCAGGGAGGACGAGGUGGCUGCUGCUUUUCAAUUUCGAACCUGGAAUAAUGCGGGCUUUCUGCUAUUCAGCGAGCUUCAGCUGGUUUUGGGGGGUCUCCUCCUCUUUCUUGAUGAUGGGAAACUUAAGCUGAAUCUCUACCAGCCAGGAAAAUUAUCCAGUGACAUCACAGCAGGUGUUGAACUGAAUGAUGGACAGUGGCAUUCCGUCUCCUUAUCUGCCAGGAGGAAUCACCUGAGUGUGGUGGUGGAUGGCCAGGUGGCCUCUGCUGCUGCUUCCCUGGGGCCUGAGCAGGUUUAUUCAGGCGGCACCUAUUAUUUUGGAGGUUGUCCUGACAACAGCUUUGGAUCCAAAUGUAAAAAUCCCCUUGGUGGAUUUCAGGGAUGCAUGAGACGCAUUUCCAUCAGCAACAAAGUGGUGGAUCUGAUUUCGGUUCAGCAGGGGACCCUGGGCAACUUCAGUGACCUUCAGAUAGACUCCUGUGGCAUCACAGACAGGUGUUUGCCCAACUACUGUGAGCAUGGUGGGGAGUGCUCCCAAUCCUGGAACACCUUUCAUUGCAACUGUGCCAACACGGGUUACACGGGAGCCACCUGCCACAACUCUAUCUAUGAGCAGUCAUGUGAAGCAUAUAAGCACAGAGGAAAUACUUCAGGGUUUUACUAUAUAGACUCAGAUGGAAGUGGUCCCUUAGAACCAUUUCUUCUCUAUUGCAAUAUGACUGAAACUGCAUGGACCGUCAUCCAGCACAAUGGCUCGGAGUUAACAAGAGUGAGAAACGCUCGCCCGGAGAACCCGUAUGCUGGGUCUUUUGAGUACACGGCCAGCCUGGAGCAACUCCAGGCCACCAUCACCCGUGCGGAACACUGCAAGCAGGAGCUGGCCUACUACUGCAAGAAGUCGCGGCUUGUAAACAGGCAAGAUGGGACCCCUCUGAGCUGGUGGGUUGGAAGAACCAACGAGACACACACGUAUUGGGGAGGUUCUUUGCCUGAUCCUCAAAAAUGUGCUUGUGGACUAGAGGGGAACUGCAUUGAUCCUCAGUAUUACUGCAACUGCGAUGCUGACCGGAAUGAAUGGACCAAUGACACUGGAUUCCUUUCCUACAAAGAACAUCUGCCAGUGACUAGGAUAGUGAUCACAGACACAGGCCGGCCGCUUUCAGAAGCAGCUUACAAGCUGGGGCCUCUGCUCUGCCGGGGAGACAGGUUAUUUUGGAAUUCAGCUUCCUUUAAUACCGAGGCUUCGUACCUUCAUUUCCCCACUUUCCACGGAGAACUCAGUGCAGACGUGUCUUUCUUUUUUAAGACCACAGCUUCCUCCGGGGUGUUUUUGGAGAACCUGGGGAUUACCGACUUCAUACGGAUAGAGCUACGCUCUCCGGUGGUAGUGGCUUUUUCCUUUGAUGUGGGGAACGGGCCCUCUGAGGUCUCGGUGCAGUCCCCCACUCACUUCAACGACAACCAGUGGCACCACGUUAGGGUUGAAAGGAACAUGAAAGAGGCAUCCAUUCAAGUGGAUCAGCUCCCACCGGAGACCCAGCCCGCUCCCGCUGAUGGCCACGUCCUUCUGCAGCUUAACAGUCAGCUCUUUGUGGGUGGGACGGCCACCAGGCAGAGGGGCUUCCUGGGAUGCCUGCGGGCGCUGCAGCUGAACGGGCAGGCGAUGGACCUGGAGGAUAGGGCCAGGGUGACCCCCGGUGUGGAGCCCGGCUGCCGGGGGCAUUGCAGCAGCUACGGAAAGCUGUGUCGCAACGGAGGGAACUGCAGAGAGAAGCCCAGCGGAUUCUCUUGCGACUGCACCUUCUCUGCAUACACAGGGCCUUUCUGCUCCGAUGAGAUCGCUGCGUAUUUUGGAUCCGGCUCGUCCGUGGUUUACCAUUUUCAAGAAAAUUAUCCCUUAAGUAAAAAUGCCAGCUCCCACGCUGCUUCAUUCCAUGGUGAUCUGAAGCUGCGCCGAGAAAUGAUCCAAUUUAGCUUCCGAACAACACGGACACCCAGCUCACUGCUCUAUGUGAGCUCCUUUUAUAAAGAGUACCUUUCAGUCAUCAUUGCCAAAAAUGGAAGUCUGCAGGUCAGGUACAAACUGAGUAGAUAUCAAGAACCAGAUGUCAUUACCUUUGAUUUCAAAAACAUGGCUGAUGGGCAGCUUCACCGCGUCCAGAUGAACAGAGAAGAAGGAGUGGUCUUCGUAGAGAUUGACGAGAAUGCAAGGAGGCAAGUCCACCUGUCAUCGGGUACAGAAUUCAGUGCAGUCAAAUCUCUUGUACUCGGCAGGAUUUUAGAGCACAGUGAUGUGGACCAGGAGACCGCGCUGGCUGGGGCACAGGGCUUCCUGGGCUGCCUGUCUGCAGUGCAGCUCAGCCACGUGGCCCCUCUGAAGGCUGCUCUGCACCCCGGCCGCUCCCCCCUGGUCACUGUCUCAGGGCACGUGACCGAGUCCAGCUGCGUGGCCCAGGCUGGCACCGACGCCACAUCCAGGGAGAGGACACACUCCUUCGCAGAUCAUUCUGGAACAAGAGAUGACAGAGAGCCCCUAGCUAAUGCUAUCAGAAGUGACUCUGCGGUAAUUGGAGGUUUGAUAGCUGUUGUGAUCUUUAUCUUGCUGUGUAUCACUGCCAUAGCUGUUCGCAUUUAUCAGCAGAAAAGGUUAUACAAAAGAAAUGAAGCAAAAAGGUCAGAGAAUGUAGACGGUGCCGAGGCUGUUUUGAAAAGCCAGCUUAAUAGACAAAACGCAGUCAGUGAAAAUCAGAAAGAAUACUUCUUCUGAUCGGCAGCCAUGACUUAGCUUGCAAUGACAAUAGUGUGUUUCAACAGCCAGGGGCUCUAAGUGGACAAAACUGUGUUCUUGCAUUGAACGUACAGGCGAUGGAUCUGCAGCACUGCCAUCUCGCCAUGCUCAGACUUGAGAUGGCUCCAGGAGGCCUCGUCCAGUGACAUGUUUUCCUAGCAGUCAUGCUCUGUAACAGGGACUAGACCAUGCUGUUCAUUCCCAAAUGUUCUGAUGUGAUCGAAAUGCAAGUGUAACUGGCUUGAUGACUGUGGUUUUUAACACUGUACCCCUGGUCUUUCAACCACGCGAUCCAUGAGUUUUGUUCAAGGUAAAUAUCAAAACUGGACUAGAAUGGCCUUGCUUUAUUUGAGAACAUACGCUGUGUUUGCUUUAGUGUUCCCCUGGUGUUAUUCAUAGACCUGGAAAUGCUUCUAAGAUCCUGUUUGGCUGGUGUUUGCAUCUUCAGUGGCCAAAAGCAUUUAAACCCCUUUGCCUUUCUCUGUGUGACAUUCAAUACAAUUGAUCAGUAGCCUUGGAAGAUGUUUUCUUGUCAUUGGUUUGUUUGUAUUGCUCUUUUCCUAUUUGACUGUUCUUAAUGAUUUUUAAUACAUUAGGUUUCGAGUGUCAGAAUUCAGCUCUGAAUGUAGAAUUCAUAUGUAAUAAGACUCAGAAAGUGCAUUGGUCAUCGGUGUGUGAUGUCUGACCUUUCAUUUGCUAUUCUUGUUUGGGAGAGUCAGUAGUUAAGACCUUGGGUAAGGCUAAUUUCCCAAGGAUUGUGAAAUGUUGGUAACUAAAGUUGUUGAUAUAAAAACACAAUCCUUAACACUGCCAAAUAGUAUCUUUAUUUACAACUGUAAUAUAUCAAAUGAACUAUACUGCCUAGAAUAUUUUCCCCAAAUGUUACGUCUGUUUUCUUUAUAGUUUCACACUUUUUUCCCCCUGAAGUUUAUGACCAAGUUUUCUUUGAUCUCCCUUCACUAUAUUUCACGGAGCAUAGUCUUAUGUAUUAGGAAAAAAGAGACACUUAAGGGGAGAACUCCAUUUCCCAUUCUAAAAUAUGUACCCCUUUAGGCAUACAUUUUGCUGUGCACUGACCACCAGAACAUACUUUUUGAAGUACAAGUAGAAACCAUGUCCCCUUUCUGAAAAACUGGUAGUGAUUAAAGUCUGCUCAUUCUAAAGGAUGAUGACAUACUAUAUGAUAUAUACUAAGUAGGUUUCUCUAGUCACUUAUCAUUUACGACAUUGGGGUACAUUUAUAACGAAGUACCAAAAGUCAGUAUAGCCUACUAACUAGUACAUUCUGACUAGGGGAUACACACAUACCAAAAGAUUAGAGGAUUAGCAAUAAUCUUCUGAAGCUGAUACAAUUUGAGGCCAUGUAAACAAGGUAUUUGCAUGUAGCUAUCUUUGAAUUCCACAAACAAAUAAUAAAGGCACUUUGCUAUUUAUAAUCACACUUUCCAGAUGCCUACUAAGGAAACAAAUUGGACUCCUUAGCUUGUCCAUACCAGAAUAAUUUGGAAAUAUACCAAUGAGGCAUCUUUUUUUCCUUAUAAAGCCUGCCUAUCUUUUCUCAUUGCACUAUCUCUAUUUUGAUGUUUCUGUAAAUGCCUGACUAACGUAAGGAUAUGAAUGAAUAUAGUUCAUGAAGGACCUAUGUUGGCAAAUGGCAUAUUUUUUAUUUAUUACUUGAAAGACUUGUUGUGGUGGCUAGGGAAGGCUCCGAGCAUAGAAAUAGUUUUUAUUUGAUGCAAAGCUGAAUGCGGACAUCAGAAGAGGCCUGAAUCUUUUACAGAUGUUUAUGUUAUUUAGUAGCAGCAUUAACCUGGCUGGGAGCUGGAAUGUAGACAGGUUUAUGGAUGGUGAAGCCGCAUAGUGCUCUGUGGUCUGCACGGCUCAAAACUGCAACAUUAUGGCAUCAAAAUGCACCAAUACAUCACGCACCAUGACUUUCAUUUCCCGAUCUGUGAUCUUUGUUCCUUCUCCUUUUCUUAAUAAAGUGCAGUUUUCAAUUAAAAUGCACAAUAUAUUUUAAAAAGACAUUGUACAAAAGUUUAAAAUGAGAAAAUUAUACUGGAUUUUUUUUUUCUUAAAGCAGUAAAAAGAUGUGUAGAUGUUUGCCUUCUCUACUGGUAUGUGUGUUUUUUUGAAAUUAUUAUGAAUUUACAAAAGCUGUAUUUAUAAUGUAUUUUUUUUUCUUUUAAGUCGAUUCAAAAAUGAAAGGAAAAGGUUUACUGAUUGUAACAAGUAAAGGAAAUUAAACCAGACUUUCAGUUUUGCCAGAGAA